CGCUUCGCUCCAGCUCUCCACUUGUCCACGGCCCGGUCCACUCGGUCCACAUUCUUGCGAGGCAACGUCUCACAUUCUAGCUCACCCUCGCAGGUGAACGCGCGGCGCCGGAUAAGUAGCGCGUGUGCUCGCCGCCGCCGCGUGGACGAAAAUGUCGCGCAAGAGAACGUUCACGCUUCACGAGGCAUUCGCUGGACGCAGAAACGGCUGCACCAAGAAUCCAAGGUGAUCUUCGUUCUUUCAUCCUCUGCAAGAAAUCCGCUUUUGUAAUCUGUUAUAUCGAUACCUCUGUACUAAAAUGGAAGAAUUUCAAGGGUAUGAGGAAUCCGAUAUGUAUAAAAAAAAGCCACCUUGCAGAUUACGAAAAUUAGGAGACAUGAUUCCCGCACGGGUAGUAUUGUACCUACUCUCGUUUUCCGGAUUCCUCGUAUCUUUCAUGAUGAGGACGGACAUUAACAUCGCUAUGGUGGCCAUGGCGAAGCUGCCUUCAACAUCAGACAGCAAUAUCGCGGUAACAUCACACUGUUACACAAUAACGAAUGCGUCGCAUGCGGAGAACACCACUAUAAUCAGACCAGAGGAAGCUGGCGAGUUUACAUGGAGCCCAGCCAUUCAGUCUGCCAUUCUCAGCUCCUUUUAUUGGUGCUACAUACUUUCGCAAAUGAUCGGCGGUGUUCUAACUCAAUAUUUUGGCACCAAAACCAUAUUCGGCGGAUCUCAGGUCGUCACUGCUGUCUGCAGUCUGCUUAUGCCAUCCGCUGCGGAACUUCAUUAUGGGGCCAUGAUAGCGUUGCGCAGCAUACAGGGUAUUGCAAGUGGACUCACAUGGCCGGCGAUGUACGCCGUAAUCGGACAUUGGAUUCCGCCCGUGGAACGAUCACGCUUCAUGUCUUCCUUCCAAGGGUUCAGCAUCGGCAUCGGCUUGACCUACCCGUUGUGUGCAUUUAUCAUCGCCUACUUCGGAUGGAGGGCAGUGUUCUACACGACUGGCAGUAUCGGUCUCAUCUGGUGCAUCUUCUGGUACCUUUGCGCUUUCGACACUCCUGCCUCGCAUCCCAGAAUAUCUCAGCCGGAGCUACGUUACAUUCAGGAAGGUGUUAGAAACCAAGUUCUCGGGUCGAACGAGGAUCUGCCUGUUCCUUGGAAAUCCAUACUCACGUCUUGGCCAGCAUGGUCCAUCGGUAUCACAACCUUCGGCAGAAUAUGGGUGCAUUACGUUUUUAUCAUUCCCGGCCCGAUGUACAUGAAGACGGUAUUAGGAUUCAGCAUACAAGCAAACGGCAUCCUGUCGGGCGCGCCAUUUAUAUGUAGCUACUUGAGUUCCGUUGUAUUCUGCUACGUCGCAGAUCUCCUCGUUGCCCGGCAAAUCAUGACUCUGUUGACUGUGCGCAAAAUAUUUACCGCGCUGUCGCAAGUGGUUCCUGGAAUCCUCGUAGUCCUAAUUGGAUACUUGGGCUGCGAUGUUAUCUUCGUUUUAAUUGUUUGGUUUAUAGCUGUUACUCUCAUAACAGCUGGGUACGCUGGCGCAAUGGCUAAUAUUGUCGAUAUCGCGCCUAAUUUCGCCGGACCAGUAUUGGCGUUUGCACAGACAAUUCACAUGACAGCGAGUUUCCUGUCCCCAAUAGCAGCUGGUCUGCUCACACAGGAAAGCCAAUCCCUUGACGCGUGGAGGAAUGUGUUUGCGGUCACAGCGGGUGUGUCUUGCAUCACGUAUAUUGCUUAUCAGAUAUUCGGCUCAGCGGAUAUACAAGCGUGGAAUUAUCCUGAUAAAAAGUAUCCUCAAUCCGUUCAAGAGGACUCUCAGCCUUUAAACGAAUCUCCCCGCGAGAAGAGCAGGAUUAUUCCAAGCCAAGCGAAUCACACGGAACAAGCGUAAUAUACCUUUCUUUCGACACACUUUACACAAGUUAUGACUUACACACAAGUCACGGAUCAACUUCCUAUCUUUCACUGUCGUCAUUCCUUGUGUUGAAUCUUUAGCUCCUUUAACAGAACAAGAAAAGUGAUUCGCAUAAACGUAGCUCAAUGUAUGUGUACGAAAAAUACCUAUUUUCAAUACUGUUCAAUUUCUGUAAAUAGAUCCGAUUGUUAAUGUAGAAGAAAUGCUAUAGACGUCAGGGUAUUAUAUAUCAUAGUGACGAGAUGAUAUUUUUAUUAAGCGAUUCUCAGGUAUAUCAAAAUGUUCCAAUUGAUUUUCAACGCAAAUUAUACGAGGGAAAAUGCACAAAUCUUCGAAAAACUAAUCGGUGAUAAGUUAAUUAUGAUUAUUCGUUCAUACGUACUAUCUAAUAUACAAGAAUAAUAUACAAGAAAUUAUCGUUUAAUAAUUUAUUCGUAAAACAUAUAUAUGGAUCUCAUAAUUGUACCAAACCACGUUACUUAUUUUAUCUACGCUAAUCUAAAAAAUUCACAGGUAAAAAAUUCUUAGUUUAUUAAUUACUUAUAUGUUUGCUCUUUCAUAUUUAUAGAAUAUAUUUUCUUUUGUACUUGUCAAAUAUAAUUUGUGCACGUAGUUGAUCAAUCUCAUGCGUAAAUAUAUUGAACAAUUAUGUUGAUCUUUACAAUAUUUUGGUUCCAAGUAUUGUCUCUUAUGAAAACAUAAUGCUUAUAAUAAGCUCUCGUGUAUACUUAAACAAAGCAUACGAAAAUACUAGAGAAAUACUACUUAUGUAACUUUAAAGAGAUACUUAAAGUGUAAAUUCGCUAAAGAGAAUUUUUGUUCCUUCAAUUUUUGAAAUAGGAUUACACAGGUGUAAUCGUUAUGAAUUAGCGAAAUCUAAGUGAAAUCAGAGUUGAGAGUACUUUUACUAGUACUUACAUUAGUACUUACAUUUUACAAUCAGUGCCUUAUGGUGCGUAUAGAUUUUCAAAUUGGUAUGCUCUGAUGGGGCGCUCUCUUAUAUACACAUCUAGUAAUUUAUUAAUUUUUAUAAAUUAUCAUAGUCGCAUAGGAAAUACUUGACAAAAUGUUCACGACUGUAAAUUAAUACUACAAACCUGCCACUACCUUGCGACAAAAGCGAAAGAAUAUCCCUCUUUCUUUUAAGGUUAUGAUACUCAUGCUAGACAGAUGUAUACUGUAAAGGUCAUUCUACAGUAUGUGUUAUAAGCCGUAAGAAUUGACCAAUUAUAGCCGAUUAUUUUUGUAAUAAUCGACUGUAAUUCGCCAAUUUUUACGGCUUACAACUUACGACACGUAUUGUAGAAUGACCUUAAUGAUUCCGUUAUGUACACAUUUGUAGUAGAUAAUGUAAGUAUUGUAAAUUUCACAUAGUUUUCACAUCAAAUUAUAUAUUAUUGUAUUAAUCUUUCUUUUUAAUUUUGACAAUUUAUAAUAUCUCUUUACUUGCGGACAAUGUACUUUAUACUUUAACGACUUAAGUACGUCGGUAUGUAUAGACAUGUAAGAUAUGUGCGUUCAUCAAAUUGUCUUUUCAUUUGGUGUCGCGCGUAUUGUAAUUACAAUCUUCUGUCGUAUACAUAGGAUACUUGUAAAAAUCAAUUUAUUAACUUUAGAUAUGGAAGAAAAUGCUAUCAUGUAUUUUUAUUAACAUUAGAAUUAUAGCGUAGAGAAAAUCUUAAAAGAAGUUAUUUUCUUAUGGGGAAAAAUGUAUCUUUUUUCGGAGAAUGAAAUUCGUCGGACAAGGGUUUCGAACAUUGCAAAAAGAAUUACGUAGAAAACGUAGCAUGCUAAAAAUGGGUAGAUUUAUGAUAAAUAUAGAAAAUGAAGUCUCGUUAAAUUCUUUAAUAUGUUCGGUUGAUUAUUGUUAGUCUCACGUGUCAUAUAUAAUCACGAAUGUAAUUCAUUAUACGGCAAAUAUAUCUGGAAGAUGUAUUUAUUAAGGCAAUUUUUGUGAUGUGAAACACAAAAAUGCUAACAAUAACGGAUAUAUCGGUUUAUCUUAAUACAUCCGUAAUUACCAUCAUUAUAUUUAAACUCAAUUGUAAAGUCACGGAUCAGGAGUAUCAACAGAUAAUGGUAGAGACUGUAUUAUGUUACAUCAAAUGUGUUACUGAAAAGAGUUACUUAGAGACCAAACAAAUGGUUUAUUAUAUAAUACAGAUACACAAUUUAAUUCAAAAUAUAUGAACAUAUAUAUAGUUUUAUUAACA